AUUCAAAACGGCAACCACCCACACCACCUUAAUGCCCAUAACUUAAAAUCUCAACCAUCACCAUUCACCACUAACCCCAAAUCUUCUUACGAGUAAAUAACCUGAGAGUUACAGUAAAAACCUAGCACCUGCUUACGAGGAGAAACUAAAGGAAAUGAAUUCUUCUUCUUCUUCUCUGCUCUGAUUCUCAAUCUCUCAUCAUAAUCGUUUCUCUCCAAAGAAAACCAACAAUACAAUCCUCAAUCAAUCCACAGUUUUCAACUCACAUGGCUGAAAAUGGCAACAGUCUUCUUCCGGCGGAGAAGAAGAGACUGAAAAUGACAUCAUCAUCAUCACCAUCUGCUGAGGACAGAAUUUCUAAACUACCUGAUGCUCUCAUUCUACACAUACUCUCGUUUCUUCCCACUGUGGAUAUUGUUUCCACAAGCCUUCUUUCAAAUCGUUGGAAACUCAUGUGGUAUUUAGUCCCCAACCUCUCUUUCUCCAUUACUCCUUCUGAGUAUAAAACUUCAGUGGACAAGGUAAAGUUGUGCAAUUUUAUUGGCUGUUUCUUGGAACACCGUAAGAAAGCUAUGUUUUAUAUCAGGGAAUCUGUCGUAACUAGUUUUAACAUUAAGAUUACUAGCUAUGAUUCAACCAUGGACCACCGCCUAGAUAAAUGGUUAGCUUUUGCAGCUGAGAAGAAAGUUAAGGAAGUAAAUCUUUGGUUGGGAAUAGAGAGCUCUUAUUCCUUACCUAUACCACUAGUCAACGCAACAUAUUUGACUGUUUUGGAGUUGAAGUCAGUUAGGUUGGAUUGUCGUUACUCUUUUAGCUUUCCCUCAUUAAAAUCAUUAUCAUUGACUAAUUCUGUGUUUAAAGAUAAAUAUGUGCUAGAACAGCUCUUGUUGGGUUCCCCUUCUCUUGAAAAAUUGUGCAUAAAUGAUUGUGGUUUUUACGGCCAUUCUCGUCCGUAUGUGGUGCGUAGUUCAACCCUGAAGUUCUUGGUGAUUAAGUUCUAUCGGACUUACUCGGGGGUAAUGCAAAUUGAAGCCAUAAACCUUGAGUCAUUGGAACUACAUGGUGUUUCCUUUGACAAAUUAGAUUUCUCUGUAUGCAAGGCAAUUACAAAUCUCUCAUUUACUUGUGUUUGGAAUAUGAAUGAGUCUUCUUCCUUAGAAAAUCUCAUUCCAAACCUUCCUCUCCUUGAGAAUUUGACUUUGGGAAACAUGAGAGGGGGAAAUUUGAAGGACAUUAAAAUCUUGAGUCAGAACAUGAAAAGUUUCAAUGUGAAUAAUCGUUAUGAUGGCGAAAUGACUGUUGUUAUUGAAUGGGCUCCAAAGUUGGCGUCAUUUAGUUAUACAGGUAAUAUCAACUUUUGUAUAACAAUGGAGUCAUCCAAUUUUUUGAAUGGAACAUUCGAAAUUCUUAAGAUUGAGAACAACUUUGAGGAUGAUUGGUUUAUCAGCAUGAUAGAGUUUCUUUUGAAUCUCAAUUGUUCCUGGAAUAUGGUAACACUACAUGUUGACAAAGCUGAGCCUCUCAUCGGUCUAAUAAACUUGAAGAUCAUAUCUCCUCUUCCUUUGGUUAAUUGGGAGCAUCUUAGAGUUCUUACUAAAUGCAAAUUAGAGAAAGAAUCAGAAUUAAGAGAUGCUUUGCGGUGGAUUUUUCCUUCUUUGAAGACAAUAUCUAUAGCGAAAAGGACUUCUUAAACAAUGAUUAUUGGGGGUAGGGAAUCUGGAUGCCUCUAUUCUAUGGCUGCUUAGAUUACUGUACUUAUUUCUUUUAUGCAUUUUAUUUUAUCUGAACAUGGAUCUCUCAUCAUGCCUAAAAACUUCAGAUGGAUAUUUCGUUCCUUCACUGCGUAGGUUGAAGCUUUUCAAAUCUCAUGGUUUUGACAACUUGAGACAUACAUUGUUUUGGAUUUCCCAUUCUAUCUAUUAUUAAUAUUUACUUUUUGUGCUUUUGCAA